ACCAGUGAGUGAGCUAGGAGCUUUCAGUAGAGGGAGAGCUAGAGUGAAAGUGGUGUAGGACUUUAUCAAAAACUUCUGUAAAACUACAGAACAAAACAAAAAAAAUCCCUUGUAAAUUAACAAUUUCCUCCCGGGUUUUGAGGGUUUUAAUUUUUUUUUUUUUUUUUUUUUUAAGCAAACGGGGACAGACCAUCAACAUUCACGCUUUUACACUUUUAGAGUGCAAUAUUUAUCUUUAAUGAAGCAGCAGCCAGGGGGUGGACAAAAGAACAUUUUGAUCUGUAGUUUGGUUGAUGCUCUUGUUCAGUCCAUGCAGUACGUGUCAUCACCAACACAAUGCCCGUUUUACUUUUCCUGAUAGACACGUCCGCUUCUAUGAACCAGCGCGCCCAUCUGGGCACUACCUAUCUGGACAUAGCUAAAGGGGCAGUUGAGACUUUUAUGAAGCUCAGAUCCCGAGAUCCGGCGAGCAGAGGAGACAGGUAUAUGCUGGUGACUUUUGAGGAGUUCCCCUCUGGAAUCAAGGCUGGAUGGAAAGAGAACCAUGCCACAUUUAUGCAUGAAUUGAAAAAUCUCCAGGCUGUAGGACUUACAACUGUUGGCCAAUCCCUAAGGACAGCUUUUGAUUUAUUAAAUCUAAAUAGAUUAGUUUCUGGAAUAGACAACUAUGGGCAGGGAAGAAAUCCUUUUUUCUUGGAGCCAUCAAUUAUUGUCACAAUCACUGAUGGGAGCAAGCUGACCAGUAACAGUGGAGUUCAGGAUGAGCUCCAUUUACCCCUCAGCACCCCUUUACCUGGAAGUGAAUUGACCAAGGAACCUUUCCGUUGGGAUCAGCGCCUGUUUGCUCUCGUCCUACGGAUCCCAGGCAACAUGGCUGUUGAGCCAGAGCAAAUGAUAGGUGUUCCUCAGGACGAUUCUGCCAUUACUCCAAUGUGUGAGGUCACAGGCGGUCGUUCAUACAGCGUCUGUUCACAGAGGAUGCUCAAUCAGUGUCUGGAGUCACUGGUGCAGAAAAUCCAGAGUGGAGUGGUAAUAAACUUUGAGAAAACAGGACCAGACCCGCCACCUAUAGAAGAUGGACCACCCGACACAUCCAAACCUGGACCCCAGGUUUGGCACAGCUGUCACAAACUCAUCUAUGUCCGACCCAACCCCAAAACAGGAGUUCCUAUUGGCCACUGGCCGAUCCCAGAGGCCUUCUGGCCUGAUCAGAACUCGCCAACUCUUCCGUCCCGUACUGCCCAUCCUCAGGUCCGCUUCUCCUGUAUCGACUCGGAGCCCAUGGUAAUCGACAAGCUUCCCUUCGAUAAAUAUGAACUUGAACCAUCACCUCUCACGCAAUACAUCCUGGAGAGGAAAUCGCCUCAUACGUGUUGGCAGGUUUUCGUCUGCAAUAGUGCAAAGUACAGCGACCUUGGCCAGCCAUUUGGUUAUUUGAAAGCCAGUACAGCUUUGAACUGUGUUAACAUGUUUGUGAUGCCAUACGACUUCCCUGUGCUCCUUCCUCUUCUGGAUGAUUUGUUCAAAGUUCACAAGCUAAAGCCAACUUUAAUGUGGAGGCAGUCAUUCGAAGUAUAUUUAAAGACGAUGCCGCCAUAUUAUAUUGGGCCUCUGAAGAAAGCUCUCCGGAUGAUGGGAGCACCUAAUCUAAUUGCAGAAAACAUGGAAUAUGGUUUAAGUUACAGUGUCGUUUCAUAUCUCAAAAAGCUAAGCCAGCAGGCGAAGGCUGAGUCUGAUCGAGUCAUUGCAUUGGUAGGUAAGAAGCCGGUUCAGGAGAAUGGGGUGCAGGUGAAGAACAAGGCCAGCACCCUGUCGCUGGCGCACUGCAAAGACUUCAAACAGCUCCUAAAGGGCAUCACCGGGGAGGCUCCGCAUGUCCUGCAGGAGCUCAACAUGAAGGAAUUCACUGGAUUCCAGAUCGGCAUCCUGAAUAAGGAUUUGAAGCCUCAGAGUUUUAGAAAUGCAUAUGACAUACCCAGAAGAAGUCUGUUGGAUCACUUGUCGAGAAUGAGAUUCAAUCUUUUAAAAGCCGCUCAAGGACUACUGAAGGGACAAGAUGAAGAUCAAUUGCACAGCAUUCCUAUAGCGCAGAUGGGGAAUUACCAAGAGUUCCUGAAGCUGUCACCUUCUCCCUUGCGAGAGGUCGACCCUGACCAGCCAAAACGACUGCACACAUUCGGAAAUCCCUUCAAACUGGACAAGAAGGGAAUGAUGAUUGACGAAGCAGACGAGUUUGUCUCAGGUCCCCAGAACAAGAGCAAGAGACCGGGAGACCCCAGCAUGCAAGGGGUGCCGAAAAGGAGAAGGUGCAUGUCUCCACUGCUAAGAGGGGGCCGGCCCCUCACUCCACCAGCUGUCAAUAACCACAUAGGGGGAAAGGGCCCCCCAUCCAUCCCUGUAACACUGGCACAUCCAAACCUUGUAAAACCCAUUCCUGUCUGUAAAGCCGUACAUCAACAACGAAGUUCAGAUGAAAUGUAUAUGGCACACUCUCCUGAAGAAAACUCUAAUGUGUUCACAGACGGUGUGGUUGAAAACCACAUAGGGAGCCAAUAUUCACUUGAAACUUUACCAGACCCUGUUCCAGACCUGAAUUCAGACACUGAUCCUUUCAACAUGAAGCAGCUUCCAGCAGGAGCGGAGAACCACAUAGGCGAGCUGGGAAACAACCGUUCAGGGGUCGAUGACCUUUAUACAGUGAGCCCCACGGGAACCCAUGAAGACAGCGAGGAGGGGGAGGCGUGUCUCAUGGAGGGUCUGCACCAAUCACGCAAAAUGAAAAAGCUGAACAACUCCAAGAGUGAAGAAAACAAUGCAGAGCUUAAAGUCCUCAUCACCAGAGAGAUCAGAAAACCAGGCAGAAGAUAUGAAAGAAUCUUUUAUUUCCUGGAACAAGUGCAAGGCAGUUUACACACAAGACUCCUAUUCCUGCAGAAUGUUAUCAAAGAAGCAGCAAGGUUUAAAAAGCGGGUGCUUAUAGAGCAACUGGAAGGGUUCUUGGAAGAAAUCCACUGCCGAUAUAAUCAGAUGAACCACGUGGAUAGCAUAUAAAUACACUGCUUUAACACUCUGGAUAUGAAUGCAUUCAAAAUAGAGUGCACUUGACUACAAAAGGCUGCUGCAAACUUGUUUGUGACACAGUAGUGUUCAUGUUCACUCCUACCUGCAUUGUGAGGCUGACCCAGAACUGAAAGUCAGAGAGAAGCAAAUGGUAAAGAAACCUGCCGUUCAAAAUGCACCAAUGACCAAACAAUAUUCUGCUCGUUUAUUUGCGGUUGUAGAACAUUUUAAACCCCAGUUUUAACCUCGGUGACGGUGUUAAUGAGGGUUAACACUUUUUUGUAAUAAUACUUUCGGACGUCUCCCUUAGUAAAAUAAACCUCCCAAGCUGUGGAAGUGGGGAGAACGCUUUGUCUUUUUAUGCUGGUUGUAGGCUACUGUCCAUCAGGUUUUACCUACUUGGCCAAACAUUGUGGAAUAUGUUUGGGGGGGAAGCACAUUACAUAAAGGUAUUUUGGAUAUAAUGUAUAAUUGUAAAUAAGCAUAUUUUGAAAAAAUAUUUAAAGAAAAUGCACUUUUUGUAAUUAUUUCCAUCAAUAAAGUUUCUAUUUUACACGGUGGAUGGUUAAUGUAAAUAAAAGCAAGAGGAUUUGAAAUUAA